UUAAUUUUAAAUUAUUAUCGAUAUCGUUGUUUCUUUUCUUUUUUUUUUUUUACAUUGAGAAUUGAGCCAAAUCAAUAUGGAGUCAAAUUAGAGUCAAAUUAGAGUCAAAUUAGAGUCAAAUUAAUUUGUAAUAAAAAAUCUAAGAAAGAGGGGGGUUAAAAAAAAGAUAAAAUUAGAUAGAUAAAUAUAGAUUGAAUAAAAUUUAAAUUUGCGUGUUCGCGUAUCGAUCGAUUGAUUAUUAUAUGUUUGUAUAUAUCGAUAUAUCAAAUUGAGUGUAUCGAUUGUAAUCCUAUGAUCCUGUACGUGUAUUAUAAGAAAGGAUCUAAGAGAACGAGUGAACCAGUUUUCACGAUCGACCGCAGACGACCGCAAGCUUAGAAGACCUGAGAUAAAUCCACCUGGAUCGUGUUUGCAUCUCCAAUCUAUGAUCUUACAUAGAUCACCUUCUUGACACCGACUAUUUUUUUUUUCUUUUUGCUUUUCUUUUUUAACUUUUUUGUCUUCGUCGUUGUUGCUACUUUCGUCUACGUCUAAAAAAUGAAGGGAGGAAACAAAUAUGGCGCUGCUCUAUUGCUAUUGGUCCUAAUCAAUUUGACAUCGUCGGCCAUGGUUUUACCAAGACCACCAUCCUCGCCUAAUCACAUACACGAAGAUCACGAAAUAAACGAUAGAAAAAUUUAUGAGGGUGGUAAAUCAGUUCACGGUUUCUUUCAAAAUACUAACGUAGAGAGACCUGACACGGACAAUAAUUACAGGCUUGUUGAAAUCGAAGUUCAGAGUGCUGGGGACGUAGAUCCAGAAAAUCUUCAAGGAUUGGUCCACGCAGUAUUGAAAAAUCAACAAACGUUACAAUCAUCAAACGAAAGUUACCCUAAUCCCGAAGUAGUACCAAAUUCGAUAUUAGGUGUAAGGAAUAUUGGUAUAUCAUCGAACUUCCGUUUGGAUGGUUAUGACGAAUCAGAGAAAAGAGUAUUAAUGAGUCCACCUAAGUUACACAAUCUCGAUGAAAAAUUAUAUUAUUUGAAGAAUGGUAAACCAAAGGUUUACGUUAACGUAAGAGGUAACAGUGGUACCUUCAGGAAAAUAGAAACAGGACCUAGAAGUACUUUCAGCGAAGGUCCCUUGGAUUAUCUUCGAGUAACUAGACCCUUCGAAAGGCAAACCGAUUGGAAAACUAAACAUGAGAAAAAAGUUAAACCACCGAAAAAGUUUGAUCGACGUGUUCACGAUACCGAUAAUAUGGAAGUAACGAAAAAUUCUGUACAAAAUUCUGAAGUCAGUGGUAUGAGGGAACGUGCAUGGGCCUUGGGUUCUGAACAUUUGUCAACAACGGAAAAUUCAAUGGUAACUUCUAGUGAAUUACCAAAACAAAUACCAGCGCCACCUAGUAAGGUAUCCGGUAGACUUCAUAUGGCACAAACUACACCUGUACAAAGGUAUUCUUUAAGAAGGACCGAAGUUAUGCCGGGUUAUAGGGUUUACGAAGACUGACCGUAUUCCUGGCUAAAUACUAUGAAAAGUUAUUGUCCAGGAGUUGUUCUAGUUGUUGUUGUUUUUAUGGAAAUCAUCGUUAUCGUGGAUGUUCCAAGCUGAGGGAUUAUAGAUCAUGUUGGAUCUAAGGUCCAGUUGAGUCCAAUCUUUAUCAGCAUUUUAAAACAAAUAUUUAUAACACAGGCAGCAUAUUCCAAAAUUAUACUAAUUCUAAGGAUAAAAAUUGUUAUACAUAAAAAUAAGUUUAUAGUUUUAAACAAAAUUUUGUUUUACAAUUUUUUAUGAUAUGUUAAUUGCUAUGUGGCUUGCGAAUUGGACAACUCUGGUCUAAGGGAUUUAACAGAAACGCCAAAUGAUGAUAAAAAAACGAUGAGUUCGCUAUAUAUAUAUAUUGACUUACAACAUUUUCAUACGAUGAAUUAAUUUUAUAAAAAUAAAACAAUCUUGAGAUAUUAUUGUUCCUACAAAUAAUUCUCGAUAAAUCUUGGCCGUGUGAUUUUGAGAAUAAAAUUUAUCCGUUCGAAUAUAAUUGUAAAAAACAGGUGUCAUGUAAAUUUGUAAAUUUGCAUAGAAAUUGAUUAGCUUGCUUGAUUAGCUGUGAUUCUUUUGCUUUUAGUCAAAAGAUCUUGUAUUUUACUUUUUUGUUAAAAAAAAAAAAAAAGAAGAAGAAUACAAAAAAGUAGACGUUAGUUUGAGCUAACGUGGAAAUUUACUUGGAUUACCUAAUGUUUUAAACAAAAAAAAAAGAAAAUAAUAAAA